AUGUUUCCUCUUUCGGAUGAGCUGAAAAGCAAAUGGCUGUAUGGCUCCCCAUUGCCAUUCGCUGAGGCGCCGUGGGCAAGAGGAUGUCCAAGCCCGUAUUACCACGACAGCCAUCGACGGCUUCGCCAUGCCAUGAGAACUUGGGUCGAAAAGCAUCUCAUCCCCCAUGUCCACGAGUGGGAGGAGUCCGAGUCGCUCCCACAUUCACUCUACAAGCAGGCAGCUGAUGAUGGGCUGCUCAUGCCCAUGGCAUCUGGAGCGUCCAUCCGAGAGAAUUGGAAAGGGAAAUAUCCGAUUAUCGGUGAUGUCCCUGUUGACGAAUGGGACGGGUUCCACGAUUUAAUUAUCCAUGACGAGUUUGGUCGCGUCGGAGGUAUUGGUAAGCUCAUUGAAUCGCAGACUCUUGCCGUUCCAGCUAUCGAGCGGUUUGGUACUGAGAGGAUCAAAGAAUCCGUCGUGCCCGAAAUUCUUUCUGGUCGCUCAAGAAUAGCAUUGGCUAUCACAGAACCUGACGCCGGCUCGGAUGUCCAGGGCCUCCAAACUGAAGCAAAGCUGUCUGACGACGGCACUCACUUCAUCAUCAAUGGCCAGAAAAAGUGGAUCACAUCUGGCAUGUAUGCUGAUUAUUUCCUAACGCUGGUCAAAGAGGAUAGCGGUAGCUUCACCCUCUUGGUCAUUCCCCGAACAGAGGGCGUCUCAACCAAACACAUGACAAUGUCCGGUUCCAACGCUGCCGGAACUGCAUUUGUUGACUUCGACGAUGUUCAAAUCCCAUUGGACAUGAUCGUCGGCGAACGUGGCAAUGGAUUGAAAUACGUAAUGUCAAACUUCAACCACGAGAGACUCUUCCUCGGAUUCCAAGCAUUGAGAUGCGCAAGAGUUUGCCUAGAGGACUCGAUCAAAUACGCCUUGAACCGAGAAACAUUCGGGAAAAAGCUCACUGAACACGCCGUUAUACGAUUCAAAUUUGCCAAUAUGAGCCGAGAGACAGAGGCACUUCAAUCAUGGAUAGAGAGCUUGGUCUAUCAACUGAGUCAGCUGUCUCAGCAAGAGAGUGAAUUUCUCCUCGCGGGUACAACAGCUCAACUCAAAGCCCACGCCGGGAUUGUUCUGGAGCAUGUUGUUCGCGAGGCUAUUCAGAUUAUGGGCGGAGUUGGACUCACUCGAGGGGGCCGAGGUGAGAGGGUUGAGCGUAUUUGGCGAGAUGUAAAGGCACUCACCGUCCCGGGAGGGAGCGAGGAGAUCCUCCUGGAUCUGGCAGCCAGGCGAGCGUUGAAAAUAUCCGCCGAGAUGCAAAAGAUUACGGUGAAGGGCCGACUUUAAUUCAGCUUAGACUGUGCAACCCCGGGUACCAUAUUUAGAGAAUGUUGGCCCAUUAUACAUAUAUAUAGAUAACAUAUUCGUC